AUGGCACACGGGACCAUGGACACGGCACAGCUGGCAGCCGUGGCGCUGUCGCACACCAACCCCCACUUGGCGACGCUCAAGGAGGACAAUAUGUAUCAUAUUGGCUUUUCUACCCGCGAUGACCUUCGCCACCUCUUUGGUGACGUUCAAGUCGUCGUAACGGGAGGCUCGCCCACUCGCAUGCAACACUUUGCCGAAAUGGUGCUCCUUGAGCUGGACCUUCCCUUGCCCUUUGGUAGCCAGCUGCAUGAUAUCUGUAGCACCGAUAGGUAUUCCAUGUACAAGGCCGGCCCUGUGCUCUGUGUGUCGCACGGCAUGGGCCAGCCCUCGUGUGCCAUCAUGCUCAACGAAUUGGUCAAGCUUCUGGCUCAUGCCGGCCAUGAAUGCGGAAACAUGACAUUUAUCCGUCUCGGUACGAGUGGCGGCUUGGGUGUGACCCCGGGCAGUGUCGUCCUCAGCACCCAGGUCUACGAUGGCCUCCUUCGUGCCUCCCACGAGUCCUUUAUUCUGGGUCAGCGCGUGGAACGUGAUACCAAGCUCGACGAGGCCCUCAGUGAUGCCAUCGCCCAGGCCGCUCCGUCGGAAAUCAACAUCGUGCGUGGCGCCACCAUGAGCACGAGCGACUUUUUCGAGGGUCAAGGUCGCCUCGACGGCGCCAUCUGCAGCUUUGGCGAAGAGGACAAAAUGCGCUUCCUCCAACAGGCUGCUGGCGUGGGUGUGGUCAACAUCGAGAUGGAGGCUUUGGUCUUUAGCAGCUUUUGCCACACGGUUGGGGUUCCAGCCGCUGUUGUUUGCGCGACCCUGGUGGUACGUAACUUUUUCAACGGUGCCCCCUCAUCCCUCCUUUGCCCCCUUUUCCUCUUGUUUGUGCUCCUCUCGAAUGCUCUUGUGUGUGUGUGUGUGUGUGUGUGUGUGUGUGUGUGUGUGUGUGUGUGUGUGUGUGUGUGUGUGUGUGUGUGUGUGUGUGUGUGUGUGUGUGUCUUGAUGGAGGAGGAUCGCCUGCAAGGGGACCAGCUGUCAGAGGAUUCAACCAUGAUCAAAAGCUUUUCGCUGAAUGCACAGCGUGUGCUGCUGGCCUAUCUCAAGGCACGGUUUGGAAAGUAA